AUGUACAGUUUCUCUGAAUACAAACCGAAAAUGAAAGUCUUCUUAUCUUUUGCUGCUGUCGUAGCUGUGGCUGUGGCCGUCCCAGCGAAUUAUGAACCUAUCCACGUUGGACCUGCUCUAGUUGACACCUACGAACCUAUCCAUGUUGGACCCGCUCUAGUCGACACCUACGAACCUAUCCAUGUUGGACCCGCUCUAGUCGACACCUAUGAGCCUAUUCAUGUUGGACCUGCUCUAGUCGACACCUAUGAGCCUAUUCAUGUUGGACCUGCUCUAGUCGACACCUAUGAGCCUAUCCAUGUUGGACCCGCUCUAGUUGACACCUACGAACCUAUCCACGUUGGACCUGCUCUUGUGGAUGUUGACAACUACGAACCCAUCUCCGUUGGACCCGCCAUCGUCGAUACUCCCAGCGCCCAGAGCACCCCACUCGUGCAGAUCAUCUUGAAUAUCAACCAGGCAACCACUGCUUCUGCUGUUGAAACCCCCGUCUAUAAUCCUCAGCCAGCCGAGAUUGUUGAGAAGCCUGUGGCUCCCACUCCGGUCAUCGUCGCUUCUCCCAUCAUUCCCGCGCCCGUCGUAACUUUACCCGAGAUCCUCAACUAA